AUGCGUAGAACUGACUCAGAAGUGGACAAUUUCCUCAUACCAUCUGUACUCAAAGCUUGCUGCCUAAUUUCUUCGAUCUUACUAGGAAAAGAGAUACACGGUUUUGUGGUGAAAAAUGGAUGGGAUACGGACGCUUUUGUUUGUAAUGCCUUAAUCCAGAUGUACAGUGAGUGUGGAAGCCUGAAACUUGCACGCCUGUUGUUUGAUAAAAUGGUGAAUAGAGAUGUUGUUUCUUGGAGUACAGUGAUUAGGAGCUAUAGUCGAAGUGGGCUGUAUGACGAAGCAUUGAGUCUUCUAAGAGAAAUGCAUGCUAGGGGAAUUAAACCUAGUGAGGCUGCAAUGAUAAACAUGACUGAUGUCUUCGCAGAAUGUGCAGAUUUAAAAUUGGGUAAAGCCAUGCAUGCUUAUGUGGUGAGGAAUCAGAACUAUGAGAAAUCUGGAGUUCCUCUAACAACUGCUUUAAUAGACAUGUAUGCUAAAUGUAAUACUAUAACUUAUGCAAAAAGGCUCUUUGACAGGUUGUCUGAGGCCGGCAUAGUUUCGUGGACUGCUAUAAUUGCAGGAUGCAUUCAUUGCGAUCAUUUAAAUGAAGCUGUCAGACUAUUUACCAAUAUGCUAAAAGAGGGUCUGUUUCCAAAUGAGAUUACAAUGCUGAGUUUUUACAAAGAAUGCGGAUUCAUAGGAGCUCUAGGACUUGGCAAGUGGUUGCAUGCAUUCACUCUAAGAAACGGGUUUAACAUUUCCUUGGUUCUGGCUACUGGUCUGAUUGAUAUGUACGGCAAAUGUGGCGAUUUCAGAAGCGCAAGAUCUGUUUUUGAUAGCAUUGCUGACAAAGAUUUAACAAUGUGGACAGCUUUGAUUUCAGCUUAUGCACAAACCAAUUGUAUAGACCAAGCUUUUGACGCCUUUGUCCAGAUGACUAGUUGUGGAAUAAGACCAAAUGAAGUGACCAUGUCUAAUCUCCUUUUGCUAUGUGCAAAAGCUGGAGCCCUUGAAAUGGGCAAGUGGGUUCAUGCUUAUAUGGACAAGCAAGAAAUUAAAGUAGAUAGGAUUCUAGAAACUUCUUUGGUGGACAUGUAUGCUAAGUGUGGAGACGUAGAUGCAGCUUAUCAGCUGUUUACUAAAACCACUGACAGGGACAUGCCAAUGUGGAACACCAUGAUAUCAGGUUUCGCGAUGCACGGUCAUGGAAAGGAAGCAUUAGAACUCUUGACAGAAAUGGAAAGACUAGGAGUCAUCCCCAGUGACACCACAUUUGUUGGAGUUCUUCAUGCGUGUAGCCAUGCUGGACUAGUAAUGGAAGGGAAGAAACUCUUUCAGAAAAUGGUCCAUGAAUACAAUUUAGUUCCAAAGGUCCAGCACUAUGGCUGUAUGGUAGACCUUCUUGGUCGAGCUGGAUUACUUGAUGAGGCUAAGGAACUAAUUAACAGCAUGCCCAUGAGGCCAAACAUGGUUGUGUUAGGAUCUCUACUUGCUGCAUGUAAAGUCCACAAAAAUCUCAAAAUUGGGGAAUGGGCUGCAAAACAGUUUCUGUCAUUAGAACCUGAUAAGUGUGGUUAUAAUGUUCUGAUGUCGAACAUAUACGCUGCAGAAAAAAGAUGGGAUGAUGUUGCUGGUAUAAGGAGAGCUAUGAAGGACGUGGGCCUUAGGAAAGAACCAGGUACCACAUCCAUUGAAGUGAAUGGCUCAGUUCAUGACUUUGUAAUGGGAGAUAAGGCACACCCGGAAGCUGAGAAAAUUUAUGAAAUGAUAGCUGAGAUGAGAGAAAAGCUAGAAAAUGCUGGAUACACACCAGAUACGUCUUCUGUGCUGCAGGACAUAGAUGGGGAAGAGAAAGAAACGGCUUUAAAUUAUCAUAGUGAAAAGUUGGCUAUGGCAUUUGGUCUUAUAAGCACAGCUCCCCGCACUCCAAUACGAAUAGUGAAGAACCUUCGAAUCUGUAAUGAUUGUCAUACCGCAACGAAGUUGUUGUCCAAGAUUUAUGGGAGGGUGAUAGUCGUAAGGGAUCGAAAUCGUUUCCAUCACUUCAAAGAAGGAUCUUGUUCUUGUAUGGAUUAUUGGUAG